UGCACAAGGACGGCCGCAUUCUACAAGUAAUCGACAUCAAGCCAUGGAGUACCACCGCCUUGAGACGGUAUCACACAAUUGGCAACAAUAUCCCCUGCAGUGAGAUUUUACGGACAUGUACAUCAGAUAUCUCGCCGCAGCACCUAUGGCUUCUCUUCGGAGAUUCUGCCUAGUUAUUCCACUUCACCAGCAAAGCGCGUGGCAGUCUGCCACCAACGAUCGACUGCCAGUAUUCGAUAGGAUACGGAUACAACGCUUUCACUACACCACGAUGUUUGCUCUCCCCUUCAAUAAAGGCACAAAUCACUGUUAUACUACGUGCUUGACUUGCAAGUACAACUUCAAAAGAUCAGUCACCCAAUCGAUGCCGCAAUUCACUCUUUCCUUCAUAUGCUUGCAGGAUGUACAACAGGCUAUGGACACACAAUUGUCAAGUUUGGCCAAAAGAGAGAGAGGAUGGAUGCUCGACAGGUGCAUUGCCCUGGAAAGCCAGGGUCGAGUCCAGACCUACAUGGUCUUCAUGUUCUUUGUUCUUAUUUUUGUAUCCAUGUUCACAUCUCGUUGGACAUAUUCAACUUUGCUUCUGUAUCUCUCGGUCAUCAUAGUGGCCAGUUUUCUAGGAUGGAGGCAUAAGAACUUGCUUACAGGCAUCUGGUUUAGCAUUUUCGGCGCUCGGUUACACGGUUCGGCUUAGGUAUGGACGGUUGUCAAAAGUUUAGGAAUCAUUUG